CCCGUUUUACGUUCACAGGAAACCGCGGCCGCUCCCACGGAGGCGAUAUGGUAGCCUGACCGACCCCCAACCGGAAGCCGUGACGCGAAGCCUCUCCUGUCCUCUCUUCUUCCUCCCUCCAGCACCGGCUGGCAGCCGGCGGUGUCGCGCUCCUCUAUCAUCCGUCACGCCCGGCAUCACCGCGCCGGCACGACCACGAAGACGGUCGGUGACAAUGGUGGCGGCGUCCGCUGCCGAGCGGGCCUACGGGGCGGCGGCGCGGUCGGCGCUGGCGGCGCUGGAGCGCAACCUCAUCCCGGACGCGGUCACCCGGCGCCUCACGCGGCUGCUGCUAGCGCAGCGCCUCCGCCAGGGCUACCUCCCCUCCGCGCCGCUGCAGCUGCAGCAGCUCCUCUACUUCGUCCACUCUCUUCAGGAGAUGCCCAUUGCGAUUGAAACGGACAAAGCUAAAGCCCAACACUACGAGCUGCCAACCACAUUUUUCAAGCUGGUUCUUGGAAGGAAUCUCAAAUACAGUUCCUGCUACUUCCCUAACGAGUCCAGCACCCUGGAAGAUGCUGAGGUUGCAAUGAUGGAACUGUACUGUGAGAGGGCAAAAGUACAGGAUGGACAGAGCAUCCUCGAUGUCGGAUGUGGAUGGGGGUCCCUUUCGCUGCACAUUGCGAAGAAAUACAAGAACUGCAGCGUGACAGGGAUAUGCAACUCUACCACGCAAAAAGCUUUCAUAGACGAGCAAUGUAGGGAAAAUGAGCUGUCAAAUGUUGAGAUAAUUGUGGCAGAUAUCAGCAAGUUUGAGAUGGGCGGGUCUUUUGACAGGAUCAUAUCCAUAGAGAUGUUUGAGCACAUGAAAAACUACAAGUCACUUCUUAAGAAGAUAUCCAAGUGGAUGAAAGAGGACGGCUUAUUAUUUGUUCACUACUUCUGCCACAAGACAUUUGCAUAUCAUUUUGAGGAUAAAAAUGAUGAUGAUUGGAUCACAAGGUAUUUCUUCACCGGAGGAACAAUGCCAUCAUCAAACCUUCUACUCUACUUUCAGGAAGAUGUAUCUGUGGUCAAUCAUUGGCUUGUCAGUGGCACGCAUUAUGCUAGAACUAGUGAGGAGUGGCUGAAACGUAUGGACCGGAGCAUCACUUCCAUUAGGCCCAUCUUUGAGAAAACUUACGGGAAGGAAUCAACUACCAAAUGGAUAGCUUAUUGGCGAACAUUCUUCAUCGCCGUCGCUGAACUUUUUGCAUACAACAAUGGUGAUGAAUGGAUGGUUGCGCACUACCUGUUCCGAAAGAAGUAGGAGCUACUGCUCGCCUUUUUCUCAUACACAAGUACAAGCCCUGAGAAGCAGGUCGUUUUCAUAGUGAUUCAGUAAUCUUGUCAUUUGCCUCCAAGAGCAGCCCAUUUUCAUGCAUUCAGCUGUAUUUAAUAAGGUGCUUCCACAGUGGUUUCACCGACAACAUCACGAACAAUGGUGUUAGACAUUCAUGUUGGACUUCAUCAGUCCUUGUUCUAUAUAUUAUUCCUUCGAUGUUCUGUACAGAGCAUACCUUUCUGUCUUCGGAUGGCACGCUCAUAAGAAUGGAAGUAUGUAACUACAAAACUGACAUUGA